CUCGCUGUGUCCCUGGCGUCCUCAGUCCUGCCCCCGAAGUGGAGAUGCGCGAGAGGCAGGCGAGGGCGCGCAGCUCUUGAGACGCCGCGCCAGCCGGCACCAUGCGCCUACGGCCGCUGCCCCUAGUCGUGGUCCCCGGCUUGCUGCAGCUGUUAUUCUGUGACAGUAAAAAAGUGGUGCAUGCCACAGAGGGGCUGGAUUGGGAAGACAAAGAUGCCCCGGGGACAUUGGUCGCAAACGUGGUGCACUCAAGGGUCAUCAAUCCCCUGCGCCUGUUUGUUAAACAGUCCCCAGUCCCAAAGCCCGGACACUUGGCGUAUGCGGAUAGCAUGGAAAACUUCUGGGAUUGGCUGGCCAACAUCACCGAGGUUCAGGAGCCACUGACAAGAACUAAACGGAGGCCAAUAGUAAAAACGGGAAAAUUUAAGAAAAUGUUUGGAUGGGGUGACUUCCAUUCCAACAUUAAAACUGUUAAACUCAACCUCGUGAUCACGGGGAAAAUUGUUGACCAUGGAAAUGGAACCUUCAGUGUUUAUUUCCGACAUAAUUCCACAGGCCUGGGAAAUGUUUCUGUGAGUUUGGUACCCCCCUCCAAAGUCGUGGAAUUUGAAGUCUCCCCACAGUCUACCUUGGAGACGAAGGAAUCCAAAUCUUUCAAUUGUCGCAUUGAGUAUGAAAAAACAGAUCGGGCGAAGAAGACCGCCCUGUGCAACUUUGACCCGUCCAAGAUCUGCUACCAGGAGCAGACUCAGAGCCACGUGUCUUGGCUGUGCUCCAAGCCCUUCAAGGUCAUUUGCAUUUACAUUGCCUUUUACAGUGUUGAUUAUAAACUCGUGCAAAAGGUCUGUCCUGACUACAAUUACCAUAGUGAGACUCCAUACUUAUCUUCUGGCUGAAUCUUUCCACGGUGAUAAAAUGAAGGACGAAGAAACUUUUAAUUAGAAUGACCAAGAACCAAGCCCAGCUCUUCAUUGUAAAGGAUCCCUUUUGUUUCUGGCAAUGAACCUUAGUUCCAUGUUAGGUUUUCAAAUUUUUUUUGUGUGUGUUUUUUUUUAAAGAGAAGAAAAAGAAACAUCUUUAAAUGUGAUGUGUUUGUUUUGAUUAUAAGUACCUUAAUCUGAAGAAUCAAACUGUUUAUGAAGCCGUCACUUCCAUGUAGGAUGACUAAGUCCUCGAAAUAUUGUUUCUCUAAAAGAAGAAUCAAUGGGAGCAACAUGUAACAAGAAAGAAUCGAAUUAUGCAUGUGAUAAACAUUGCUCUUGAAAUGAGCCUGCCUUGAAAUAUGUUUUGGAAGGUUACCUUAAAAAUAGAAGAUUCAGUAAAGUAACAGAAAAGAUUGUAUUUGAUAGAUGAACCACAUUUCUGACAUAGAAUUCUUUUUUUAUUGCUAUUUUUUCCCCACAUCUGUGCUGUUACUGAUAUGAGAUAUUAAGGGGUAAAAUUUGUUUCAAAGCUCGUGUGUGAAGUUACAGUGCCACAGUAGAAUUAAAUACAUUAUUAUCUGAGCUAGAGUUGAGCAAAUGUGUUUAAAACACUUAACCCUGUGUUGGUCACCUCCCUCAUGAGUCUCAUCUGAAUGGUAAUAUUGGUGUAUUGGGGAAGCAAAUCUGGAUAUAAGUCAGAUCAUAAUGUUUUUAGAUUCAUUUGCCAAAUUCAGUGCUGUGAGAUUGUCAAAAAUGUCAUAAAUCUGUAUUUACCCUAUGACGUGUAACCUCAUUCUGUUCAUUCGGUAGUAUGAUUUUCACAAACAUGUGUAGAACAACUCUGAAAUUGAGAAAACGUGAUUGUUUUCACGGCUAGAAUAGGAAAAAAAAAA